AUGUCUCCAUUUCUUUUUAUCAUAGCUACGGAGGGUCUUCAUGUGGCUGUUAACAACUUAGUAAGACGUGGUUUGUUUAAAUGUGCUAAUAUUAACCAAGUGCAGGUUUCACAUCUUUUUUAUGCAGAUGAUGUAAUGUUAGUGGGGAAUUGGUCAAAGCCGAAUCUAGAAGUUAUAUCCAAGGCUUUUAAAUUUUUCUACUACAUUUCGGGACUUAAAAUUAACUUCGAGAAAUCCUCUAUUAUCGGGAUCGGGGUUGAAAUUGGAGAAGUGAACCAAAUGGCUCAUGAAUUUGGUUGUAAAGCCGAAUCAUUGCCGUUUAAAUACUUGGGUAUACCUAUUGGGGGCAGCCCAAAAAGGAUUGCUAUUUGGAAGCCGAUUAUCUCCAAGUUUGAGAAACGUCGUGCGACUUGGAAAGCUAAUAUGUUGUCGAUCGGAGGUAGGUCCACUCUUAUAUCCUCUGUAUUGGGUUCUCUAGGAAUUUAUUUCUUCUCCAUUUUUCGGAUGCCUAAGAAAGUCAAUCAACUUUUGGAAUCGAUCUGCUCUUCUUUCUUUUGGGGUAGCUUGAAACAAAAAAGAAAACUUGCUUGGGUUAAAUGGGGUACAUUUUUAGCAUCAAAAGAUGACGGGGGUAUUGGCUUUGGAAGCAUCGAUGCUAUGAACCAGGCACUUCUUUACAGAUGGAGAUGGCGUGCCCUUGAUGAACCGCACAUUAUCUGGGUGAAAGUUUUACAAGCUAUACACGGAGAUGAUUGUUUUUCUAACUUGUAUGCGAAGAAUAAAGGGCUGUGGCACUCUAUCAUCGAGUCGAUAAAAUAUACUCAUGAAAAUUCGAAUUUAAAGCUCAAUUAUAUAAGUCGCAAAUUAAGGAAUGGAUCAUGCACCAAAUUUUGGACUCAAGCAUGGUGCGAUUGUGAACCUCUAGAUGUUAAAUUCCCUAGACUAGCAGCCCUUGACUUGGAUAAAAAUUGUGUUGUUAGUGACCGGCACGACGAUUCUGGUUGGAUUUGGAAAUGGCGCAGGCCAAUAAGAACAACUCGUGAAAUUGAACAAGUUAAUCAACUCAUUAGUAUGUUACCAAGUAACCUAGUUAAUGAAGACCAUGAUAAAUGGGGUCGGAGUUUUAGUGGGAAGAGUUAUUUUUCUAUUGUCGAAAUUCGUAAGUCAAUUGACCACUACUGUCUGAUGUUAGUAUGA